AUGGUCCAGCCAUUCCACGGUGACGACAUUAAGAAGGGGGCGAUAUAUCUCAGCAGUGUGGAGAUUGAAGAAGCAGAAGGCCUUCUGAGCGAUGAUGAUGGAUUUGAGAAUAAUGUCUUUGUGCAAAGCACGCCAACGCCUCGGCGCUGCUGUAAACAAAGAACUCGUCUCCGCACGGCCAAGAGAGUUGUGACCAUUGGUUGUAUGGGCCUUCUUCUUUAUGGCCUCCUUCGAGGCUUCUAUGCUACUCCAGCUGAGCCUACCGAGCCAUCUUCCCCGCAGCAGCAGUCACGACCAGCCAUCUGCCAGACACCAGAAUGCAUUCACGCAGCGUCGGAGAUACUUUACAACUUGGAUCCCAACCAUGCGAAAGUCGAUCCUUGCACCAACUUUGACCAGUUCGUUUGUGGUGGAUGGCGGGAGCGCCAUGACAUGCGGGCUGACCAGGGCUCAAUCUUCGCUGGAACCAUCAUGGCGGAGAACUCUCAGACCCGACUGCGCCAUAUACUUGAGCGUUCAGAGCCCCCCGAGAAGGUUGACACAGACAACUUCCAGAAGCUCAAGGCUGGUUAUGAUGCCUGCUUGGACGAAUCCGGUGUCAGAGAGCGUGGUACAAAGCCUCUAGCAGACCUCCUGACGGAGCUACAAAACGUCUACCCUACGAAUGGUGGGCUUGCCACUGGAACAAAGGACCAGCUGACUGAAGCGCUCUUGUUCCUUAUGAAGUCGGGCGUCGAGGCUUUGGUCUCUACGAAUGUUUCCCCUGAUGAUCGGGAUCCUGAUAAUGUGGUGAUCUUUACGUCACCGCCUCGAGAGAUCGGUCUUCCUGCACGAGAGUACUAUAACAAUACCCAAACGGUUGCCGAUUACACGCAGGUCUUGAAGAAAGUUCUCGGAGGAUUCGGCGGAAACGACAAGAUCGCCGAAAAUAUUGUUGCCUUUGAGACAAAGCUCGCAGAUGUGACCCCGGAUACCGCAACUCAGGAGGAUGUUACCAAGUACUACAACCCGCUUAGUAUCAAGGAAACCGAAUCCCUGGUUCCUGAGAUCUCCUUCACAGACGUUAUUACGGAGCUCGCACCACAGGAUUACAAGAGCGACCGCUUGAUUGUGGGAUCGCCAUCUUAUAUGAAGGCUCUGUCGAAGAUCCUGAAUGACGCUUCGCGCGAGACGGUGUCAUUCUUCUUGCAGUGGAAGCUCAUCCAGGCCUACUCAAGCAUCAUUGAAGACGAGACGAUUACCCCUCUCCGUCAAUUUGAUAACAAGCUCCAAGGCAAGGAUCCACAGGCGACCGAAGAGAGAUGGCGCAAGUGUCUCAGACGUCUGGAUGGAGGCCUCGGAUGGAGCUUGAGUCGAUUCUACAUUCUUGACUCAUUCUCAGAAGAGUCGAAGAAGCUGGGCGACCAAGUUGUAUCGGAUAUCAAGGAGCGAUUCGUGUUCACUCUGACUCAGACGCCUUGGAUGUCACCAGACGUGCGAAAGCUGGGUAUCAAGAAGGUGGAGAACAUUGUGCAGAAGAUUGGAUUCCCAACCAAGAGUCCCAAUGUGAUGGAUGCGCACGAUGUGGAGAAGUAUUACCACGGCUUGGAUAUUUCCAAGGACAAGUUCUUUGAGAAUGAGCUUGCCGUGGCUAAAUUUGAUCUUCAGAAUGAGUGGUCGAAAUUGGGGAAGCCAACAAACCGUGAUGAAUGGGACAUGACUGCACCAACUGUCAAUGCCUACUACAACCCUCCAGGGAAUGAAAUUGUCUUCCCAGCGGGUAUUAUGCAGCCACCAGCGUUCUACGGCCCUGCUGCUCCGCUGUACCUGGCCUAUGGUGCAUUCGGUGCCGUCAGUGGUCAUGAGCUCUCCCAUGCAUUUGAUUCCACCGGUCGGCACUACGACGAGACCGGCAACUACACGAACUGGUGGGACGACGACACCGUCAAGGCCUUUGAGGAGCGAGCCCAGUGUUUUGUGGACCAGUAUUCGGCUUUCACCGUCGAAGGGCCUGGCGACAAGCUUCUUCAUGUCAAUGGCCGGUUGACCUUGGGCGAGAACAUUGCCGACGCGGGUGGCCUCACGGCCUCAUUCCACGCAUGGAAGAAGCACGAUGAUAAGUCUCCCGAUCUUCACCUGCCAGGAUUGGAGGACUUUAGCAAAGAGCAGCUGUUCUUCAUCUCGUAUGGAAACUGGUGGUGUGGCAAGACCACCAAGGAGGCUGCCGAGCAGGCGAUCUACAACGACCCGCAUGCGCCCAAGUCGGCACGGAUCAUUGAAACCAUGGCAAACUCGAGAGAGUUCAAGGAUGCAUUCAGCUGCCCAGAGAAGAAGCCUGUCUGCAAGCUUUGGUAG